AUGCUCGUUACGCCUUCCGUCCCCAAACAAGUCCAUAUUCCUCCAGGAUUCAUCGAUUUCGCUUCGUCGUCGUUCGAUGCCAUCUUUUAUCAGCGUGAGCGUCACCCAUCGACCGCUGCUGACGACACUAGCGAUAGCUAUCACGACGAACCGCCCCAAAUUCGACGACGUGCUUCGCAUUUGCCAGACUUGCUACCGUUUAUCGAACUGAUUACCGCAAAAUGCAACGUUGAACCUGUCCAAUUGGUCAUGGCACUGAUAUAUGUGCAGCGGUUCAGAGCUUCACUUCCUCCCGGUUACAAAGCGGAAUCUGAAGCAGCUCACCGUAUCUUUGCAGCUAGUCUCUUGGUGGCCAGCAAAUACAGUGAGGACCGCUAUUUGUCUACGAAACAACUUGUCCGUGCAACUGGCGAUGUCUGGUCUAUCAAGGAGAUGACCCGAAUGGAGCUCGCACUGCUGCGAUUCUUGCAGUGGGACUUGCACAUUGAUACCGAUGAGAUCGCAACUUUUCUGCAUGAACUCAAUUUCGACGCUUCUAUUGUCUUGAGUCCUCAACAGCCCACUGACAACGACGACGAGACCAUCACCUCUACUACUACUACCACUACUACUUCUAUCCAUCCUCCAACAUGUCCUGAUGAAGCUUUUCGUCUUAUGCCAUUCUCAGCCUAUCUGGAAGCAGCGAGCAUUCCAGAAUGGCGCAAGGCCUAUAUGGACUACAAAGGUCUUUGCGCUGCACUGGAGUUACUCCAGAAGCAACGAUCAAAACCCACCACCAAAGAUACCGAUGAAUUGCUCCACCAAACGCCGUCGUCGCAUAUCGAAAGCCCUAUCAGUUCACGACAUUCCCAUCAUUCCCGUUUAUCAGAAGCUGUUAGCAACGAACUAUCUGACACUUUUGAACAGGAACGUGCUCAGUUGGGUGAGCAUAAUCAACUAGAUCUUGCGUCAUUUUACAAUGUUGUUAGUCAUGGAACAAAGCAAGAGCGGCUAUUUUUUCACAAGCUGGAUGAACAAUUAGACCGUAUAGCACGAUUUUACAACGAGCGGGAAAAUGAGAUUAAAUCCAAGCUGACAGCUUUAAGGAUUCAAAUGGAGCUUGUGGCGGAUUACGGUCGCCUUAUAUCCGAAGAACAAGAAAGUAGAGAAUUGAGAGAACAACAAGAUCAACAACAAGAGGAAGACGGAGGCGCAGAAAGAGACGCUGAAUAUUGUAGCCUUCUAGCCAGGUGUAAUCCGCUUCGCUGGUUUAAAAGACUACGUCGUUGUCGAUCAAUCUUGACAACAAGCACUACCACGAAAAAGCCACCUUUUUUGGCCAAUUUAUCUACUUUGCCGAUACCCCUCCGAUAUGCAACGAAAAAUGAUCAUUUUAGUUAUCAAGUUGCUCGUGGUCGAUUAAAGCGUGCGCUUACCGAGUUCUACCGUAGUAUUGAGCUCCUCCAAUCAUACAAGGAAACAAACUUGCAGGGCUUUCAAUCUAUCCUUCGAAAGUUUGAUAGGAUUGCAGGAUGGCAAGCAAACAAACAUUAUAUGGAAAAAAUCAAGCAAUACCAUUGGGCAUCAACAAAAGACCUUGAGAAAGUCAUGGAGGAUACAAUAAGUCUGUUUGCUAAUGAAUUCUCCAGAGGUAACCGAGCAAAAAGUGCACGCUGCCUGAAAACACUUGAGAAAAAACAAGAGAGUCUCACUGCAACAUCCUGGCGCGUCGGCUUCUACCUUGGUGCUGCGGUGUUUCUACUCUUAUAUGAUAUCAGUUUAGUUAACUACAAAUUUAUCUUUGAGCUGAAUCCAGGGGAUAAUUUGGAUUAUCGUCAAUUUGCAGAAGGCCGGAUUGUCUUCAGUUACUUUUUCCCUGUGGAAUUCCGAGACUUUUUUGUCGCUGAUGAACUAAAUAGCUUGUCGUAUUCGUUUUGGACAAUCAACUAUUUUUUCUGCGCCUACGCGUAUGACUGGAGUGGUCUUGCAUCUACAGGCACUGAUCUCAUUUGGAUACUUGCGUCAAUGAUCAAUUCAUCAUAUACUUCCAUUUGGGAUAUCAAGAUGGAUUGGGGGCUGUUACAGACACCCAGCCGACAUUUCUUGCUACGAGAUGAUCUUGUCUAUUACAGAUGGGUAUACUAUGUGGCAGCGCCUCUCAAUGUGGUAUUACGAUUUGCGUGGGCACUCAAUACGGCCAGUCUCACACUACACAGCGAUGUCCUUGGUUAUCUGACCGCCUUGUUGGAAGCUUAUCGCCGGUUGCAAUGGAACUUUUUUCGGCUAGAAAACGAGCAUUUCAACAAUUGCGCCGAUUAUCGAGCUAUUAACGAAAUUCCUCUUCCAUUCGCAACGACAGCUACAGUAGACGAAGAAAAUGGGACAGCUCGUAGCCAGGAGAUUCGGCUACCGUUAAGUGAUGAAGAAGAGGACGAAACGGCAGCAGCACAGGCAACGCUAACGGACGCAGAGCGCAGUGCACAAUCUCAGCCGCAGCAUCCACCUUCACUGACAGCACAGCGUCGAUCCUCUCUACCGAUCGCUGCUCGCAGCCCAAAAUUACCUAGAAGGUUACAGCAUCAACAAAUACAAAGGCAACAUACCUGGGCCCAUACCAUCAAUCCAGCAACACCAACGAGGACAGGCACAUUUUACGGUCGUCGUGACUUUGAAAGUAAACGAGAAGGCCAUAAGCAACAAGAUGAGCCCUCAUCACCAUCUGAAAGUACCAGUCAGCAACAGCUACACCAUGAUGAAGAUGAUGAUUUAUUAGAGUAG